AUGCCAACCACAAUGCCCAUAGCAACGCUCCUGGGUACCACAGUCGCCAUGCCAACCACAAUGCCCAUAGCAACGCUUCUGGGUACCACGGUCGCCAUGCCAACCACAAUGCACAUACAACGCUUCUGGGUACCACAGUCGCCAUGCCAACCGCGAUGCCCACAGCCCCACCAGCGGGUCCCGGCCCCCCCCGCCUCCGCCGCGCCGCCUCCUUCCCCCCCCCGCCCUUGCAAAGAGACCUUCAACGUGUUCUACCACGAGGCCGACGCCGACACGGCCACGGCGCUGUCGCCGCCGUGGAUGGAGAACCCUUACGUGAAGGUGGACACGGUGGCGGCCGAGCACCUCACCCGGCCCGAGCCCGACGGGCGCCGCCGCUCGGGACCCCUCAACCGCAAGACGCUGCGGCUGGGCCCGCUCAGCCGCGCCGGCUUCUACGUGGCGUUCCAGGACGUGGGGGCGUGCAUGGCGCUGCUCGCCGUGCGCCUCUACUUCCAGCGCUGCCCCGGCGCCACGGCGCUGCUGGCGCGCUUCCCGGCCACCGUGCCGCGGGAGCUGGUGGCGCCGGUGCCGGGGCGCUGCGUGGCCGGGGCCGUGCCCGCCGGCCCCGGGGCGCCCGUCAUGUACUGCCGGGAGGACGGGCGCUGGGCUGAGCCCCCCGCCCAGGGCUGCGUGUGCGCGCCCGGCGCCGAGCCCGACGGAGGGGCUGGAUGCAGGCCCUGCCCCCCCGAGGCUUCAAGGCGGAGGCGGGGGGCCGGUGCGAGCCCUGCCCCCCUCGAGCCAGGCCCCGGCCCCCGGCGCCGCCGCCUGCCCUGCACCCGGCCACUACCGGGCCCCCGCGAGGCGCCCCCGUCGGCGCCCCGCGGGCUGCAGGCGCGGGUGAACGGCUCCGCGGCGCUGCUGCGCUGGAGCAGCCCCCGGGACGGGGCGGAGCGCUCGGACCUCACGUUCGCCGUCGGGUGCCGGGAGUGCCCGGAGCGGGGCGCGGCGGGGCCGUGCGGGCCCUGCUCCCGCCUCAGCUUCGCGCCCGCGGCCGCGGGGCUGCGCGCUCCCGCCGUCACCGUCAGCGGCCUCCGCCCGCGCCUCACCUACAGCUUCAGCGUCAGCGCCACCAGCGGCGUGAGCGCGCUCAGCGCGCGCCCUCCCGCCAGCGCCGCCGUCAACGUCACCUGCUGCGGCGGGGUGCCGCUGCCGGUGUUCGAUGUGGUGCGGGUCGGGGGGUCCCCCACCGGGGUGACGCUGUCAUGGCCGACACCCCCCCCACCCCCCCCGGGGGGGCACGUCCUCGACUACGAGGUCAAGUACUACGAGAAGGUGGGGGGGGGCGAGGGCCCCCCCAUGUUCCUGAAGGUGCUGUCGCCGCGGGCGGAGCUGGGGGGGCUGCGCCGGGGGGGGCUCUAUGGGGUGCGGGUCCGAGCCCGCUCCGAGGCCGGGUACGGGGACUUCGGGCCCGAGACAGCCGUGAGCACCCAGAGCACUGAGGAGGCCCGCUCGGAGCAGGGGGGGCUGGUGGCCGGAGCCGCGGCGCUGGGGGGGCUCCUGGUGCUGGCGCUGCUGGCGGGGACCCUGCUCUGCCUCAGGCGCCGCAGGCACCGGCACAAGGAGGACACGGAGCGACCCACGGGGCAUGGGGGGAAGGUCUACAUCGACCCACUGACGUACGAGGACCCGGGGCUGGCGCUGAGGGACUUCGCGCAGGAGAUCGAUGUCACCUGCGUCAAGAUCGAGGAGGUCAUCGGGGCAGGGGAGUUCGGGGAGGUGUGCCGGGGCCGGCUGGCGCUGCCGGGGCUGCCCGAGGUGCCGGUGGCGGUGAAGACGCUGAAGGGGGGCGCGGGCGAGCGGCAGCGCCGGGACUUCCUGGGCGAGGCGGCGCGGAUGGGGCAGUUCACGCACCCCAACGUGGUGCAGCUGCGCGGGGUGGUCACCGCCACCACCCCCACCAUGAUCCUCACCGAGUACAUGGAGAACGGCGCCCUCGACGCCUUCCUCAGGGGCCGCGCGGGGGCGCUGGGCACGCUGCAGCUGGUGGCGAUGCUGCGCGGCAUCGCGGCGGGGAUGCGGUACCUGGCCGAGAGCGGGUUCGUGCACCGGGACUUGGCCGCGCGCAACAUCCUGGUGGACGCGCAGCUCGUCUGCAAGGUCUCGGACUUCGGCCUCUCCCGCGCCCUGGACGAGGAGAGCUCGGCCGAUCCCACCUACACCAGCUCCCUGGGCGGGAAGAUCCCGAUCCGGUGGACGGCUCCGGAGGCCAUCGCGUUCCGUAAGUUCACCUCGGCCAGCGACGCCUGGAGCUACGGCAUCGUCAUGUGGGAGGUGAUGUCCUUCGGCGAGCGCCCCUACUGGGACAUGUCCAACCAGGACGUGAUCCGCGCCAUCGAGCAGGGGUACCGGCUGCCGCCGCCGCCGCGGUGCCCGCCGCCGCUGCACCGCCUCAUGCUCGACUGCUGGAGGCGGGACCGCCGCGCGCGCCCGCGCUUCCCCGCGCUCGUGAGCGCGCUCGACCGCCUCAUCCGCCACCCGGCGGCGCUGCGCGGGGCCGCCACCGGCACCGAGCGGUACCGCAGCGCGGCGGGACACGCCCGUCCCCCCCCCCGCCUGGAGCCGCGCAGCCCCCCCGGGCCGCCCCCCUUCGCGUCGGUGGGUGAAUGGCUCCGGACGCUGCAGCUCGGGCGCUACGAGGGGACCUUCAGCAGCGCCGGAGCCACCGGCCUGGAGCUGCCGCCGCGGCUGCGCAGCGAGGACCUGCUGCAGAUGGGGGUGACGCUGGCCGGGCACCAGCAGCGGAUCCUGGACAGCGCCCAGAGCGCCCCCAAGGGGGACCCCAACUUCUGACACCCCCCCCCCCAUAGACCCACCCGGGCACCCCUCAGUGGGGCCGGGGGGGGGGGGUGGUGUCACCCCCAAGAUGGGUGACGUUGCAGGUGGGCGUGGCCUGUGCCGUGAUGUCACCACGCACAGAGAGCUCCUUGACUCCGCCCCCUCCCGUUGACCCGAAGGGGGCGUGGCCAUGGAUGGGGGCGUGGCCAUGGAUGGGGGCGGGCCCCCCCCUCCCCGGAGCUUCAUCAUCUCGUUGUUGUUUUUA